AUGCUCAAGCAGACCAUUGUUGGCCUCCUUGGCCUCUCGCACGUCGCUGCUGCCUGGGCCGUCCCUUCGCCGCACGCGGGUCUGCACCGAGAAGCGACCGUGACGGCACAGGGGAUCAGGAAGCGGGACAGCGAUGUGAGCGAAUUCUCUUGGGUCAAGCGGUGGGCGGCCAUUGGCGACAGCUACACGGCGGGCAUUGGUGCUGGCGCGCCCCUUGGGCGCAUCUGGGACGAUGAGCUCGAGAUUACUCUCCCUGACGGGACCAUCAGCGGUCAUGGCGACUGGUACUGCUCGCGCUACAACCGCGCCUACCCCAAGGUCAUUGAGAAGCAGUUUGGCUCCCACAUCGAGGACUUUCAGUUCCUCGCCUGCAGCGGCGAUCGCUCCGAGCAGAUCUUCCAGCAGGUCGAGCAUCUCGAGGGCGAUCUGGACUUUGUGACCCUGACGGCCGGGGGCAACGACCUCUGCCUCGCCAAGAUGAUCAAAGACUGCAUCAUGCUGCCCUACCUGAAAGACGACGCGUGCGAUACCGUCAUUGAGAAGGCACAGGAGAACAUUGACACAAUUCUCAAAGACAAUGUGCGCCAGAUCCUCACCGAGCUGAACGGCAAGAUGAGUAAGGAUGGCAUCGUCGUCAUCAACGGUUACGCCCAAUUCUUCAAUGUGGAGACGGACGACUGCGCCGAUCAAUCUUGGGACGCAUUCUGGAUGAUCCCGCUCCGCAAGCUGUCAUUCGAAUCCCUCACAAAGUCCCGCCGCGAGCGCUUCAACAAGCUCGUCAUUGGCAUCAACGAGGCCAUUGGCGAGGUCGUGGACGAGGUUGCCGAGGACAAAGACAUUGGGUACAAGAUUGGAUUCGCCCAGUGGGACCUGUGGGCAAAGGAGGGUGUCGAUGGACAGAUGUGCUCCCCCAGCAGCAACGGCAACUAUCCAGACCAAGCGCAGCCCGACAUGCAGUUCAUCAAGCCAGACACACAUCCCUGGAGACUGUGGACCGACGACGUCAAGGACGAACUGCGGAGGCGCGACGCAAAGACCCUCGACGACCUGACGCCCGAGGAGAGGCGUACUUUUCUGCGCUGGGAGGCCGAUGUGAGGAGACGUGCCGCCGUCUUCGAGGACAGCAUAUACGAGUCUGUCCUGUACAAGUCCUCAGCGCCAGGCGCCGAGGUCGUCCAUCAACUCGACAAGCGGGCCCCCGCUCCCCCAGGGUGUCCCGGCGACGACGGUACCGACGUGACUUUCGGACUUGGUAUGCCUGACUCUGUGGGGCGCAAUUUCCAUCCCAAUGUCAACGGCCACGUCAGCAUAGCCUCCUUUGUCCUCUCCGAGGCCAUGGACCUGCGGGCGGUCGUACUCGGCGAGGAGCCCUACUGCGCCGUCAAGUCCAAACGCACGUGCUGGUCCUCCAAGAAAGACUUUCGCGGCUACGUCCAGGCGGACCGGCUCGACAUCAGCUACGAGGACUUUUGCAGGAAGCACGUGCCCAAGGAGCACCCAGACCACACCACAAACUGGGAGGUCAAGAAGACGUACGACAAGGGGACUCCAGAUGAGCACCAGCUCAUCAUUACGCUGGGCAAUGGGCUGGCCGACUUUGACGAGGAUAAGUGCCUCGAAUCAUUCGAGAGCCUCAUCCACGACUGCGACACGGACAAUGCCAUGAACUGGAAGCGUGGAGGCGAGUACGUCGUGGACGGCGGUGACUACACCUUUGAGAUCUACCCCAAGAGAGACAACCGGCCGUGGCCACCCCCCUCCAAGCCCGUAGGUCGAUGCGAGGGCUGGUGGAAGGUGCUCUUCUCGCAUUACGAGAUCGAGGGGGGCGGUUUCUCCACGCAUGAUCAUGGCCAAAAGACCAUGCUCCCCAACAUGGAUACCUGCUACGGGCUCGGCACCUCCCUGUGGAAGUUCAAGUACUAUGACGAGCCCACCGACGAGGGCUACGAGUGGAAGGCGACUUUCAACACGCCCGUGUUCGUCAUGAACCGAUGCUUCCGGAACAACAAGAUCGUCAAGGCCGCCGGCGGGUGGACUGAUGGCUGCAGAGGGAACGAUGGGUAG